CCAGAUGCUGACAUAGAUGCGUACAUGAAGGCAAUAGCUGUCGAAGGAUUAAAGAGUUCCCUGCAGACAGACUAUAUACUAAAAGAGAUGUUAUGAGGAGAGGUAUCUCAGGUGGUCAAAAGAAAAGAUUGACUACAGGUGAGAUGAUUGUUGGGCCAACCAAGGCAUUGUUUAUGGAUGAGAUAACGAAUGGUUUGGACAGUUCUACUGCAUUUCAGAUUGUCUCGUGUAUUCAACAGUUGGUUCACAUAACAGAUGCAUCUGCAUUGAUUGCCCUUCUUCAGCCAGCACCAGAAACCUUUGAUCUUUUCAAUGAUGUCAUUUUAAUGGCAGAAGGAAAGAUUGUGUAUCAUGGACCUCGUGAUUGUGUCCUGGAAUUUUUUGAGACCUGUGGUUUUAGGUGUCCCAAGAGAAAGGGAAUAGCUGACUUUCUUCAGGAGGUUAUUUCACAAAAAGACCAACCACAGUACUGGUUUCGUGAAGAACCUUAUGGUUAUAUCUCUGUAGAUAUGUUUUGUGAGAAAUAUAGGGUAUCUCAUGUUGGAAGGACUUUAUAUGAGGAGAUUUUGCAGCCACCAGUGAAGACACAGGUUGACGAUUACGCUAUCUCCUUUAACAAGUUUUCUCUGCCAAAGGGAGAACUCUUCAAAGCUUGUAUGUCAAGGGAAUUCCUGCUUAUGAGGAGAAACUCUUUCAUAUAUAUAUUCAAAAUUAUUCAGUUGGUCAUUAUAGCUCUGAUAACAAUGACUGUAUUUGUACGUACACGGAUGCAUGUUGACAUUCUUCAUGCAAAUUAUUAUCUGGGUGCUCUGUUCUAUGGUCUUAUCAUGCUUCUUGUUGAUGGAUUUCCAGAACUGUCAAUGACUAUCAUGAGACUUCCUGUUUUCUUUAAACAGAGAGACUUAUAUUUCUACCCUGCUUGGGCUUAUGCAAUUCCUGCCACUAUCCUGAAGAUCCCUUUGUCCAUUUUGCUAGCUGUUAUCUGGACCUCACUUACUUACUAUACCAUUGGAUAUGCUCCAGAAGUUGGAAGGUUCUUUUGCCAAGCUCUUCUAUUCUCGGGUGUGCACUUGGCAUCAAUAUCCAUGUUCAGGCUCUUGGCUUCUCUGUUUCGUACCACAGUUGCUUCCACUUUUGCGUCCGUUAUCUUCAUACUGUUUGUUUUCAUAUUUAGUGGAUUCAUAAUCCCACGAUCUUCGAUGCCAGUAUGGUUAAGAUGGGGAUUUUGGGUUGUCCCACUUACUUAUGGAGAGAUUGGUCUCGCAACUAAUGAAUUCCUUGCUCCAAGGUGGCAAAAGAUGCUUGCUUCAAAUACAACGAUAGGUCAUGAAGUUCUUCAAUCCCGUGGACUACUGUUUGAUGGUUACUUUGUCUGGGUUUCGGUUGGCGCUUUGUUUGGGUUUUGCGUACUUUCCACUCUGGGGUUUACUCUAGCAUUAACUUUCUUAAAGGCUCCGAGAGCAUCUACAGCUUUCAUCUCUAGAGAAAAACUUUCUCAAUUACAAGGAUCAGGAGAUCCAUAUCAAGUAGAGAACGAGCUAAAGAUCUGUGGGAAGAAAAGCUGUGUAGAAGCUAAUAAAGGUUAUAUGAUCUUGCCAUUCCAACCCUUUACUGUAACAUUUCAGAAUGUGCAAUAUUACAUUGAUACCCCAAUGGAAAUGAGAGAACAAGGCUUUACUGAGAAGAAACUCCAACUUCUGCAUGACAUCACUGGUUCUUUUAAGCCAGGUGUCCUUACCGCGUUGAUGGGUGUCAGUGGAGCUGGAAAGACGACUCUUCUUGAUGUUCUUGCUGGAAGGAAAACAAGUGGAACCAUCGAAGGGGAAAUUCGUAUUGGAGGGUAUCCUAAGGUUCAGGAAACAUUUGCACGAGUAUCAGGCUAUUGUGAACAAACAGAUAUACAUUCUCCAAAUAUUACCGUUGAGGAAUCACUGAUCUUUUCUGCCUGGCUUCGGCUUCCUGAUAAUGUUGAUUCAAAAACCAAAACAGAAUUCGUUAACGAAGUCCUACAAACUAUUGAGCUCAAUGAAGUUAAAGAUGCCUUAGUUGGCUUACCUGGUAUUAAUGGUCUAUCAACUGAGCAACGAAAGCGGCUUACUAUUGCUGUGGAGCUUGUGGCCAACCCAUCAAUUAUAUUUAUGGAUGAGCCUACAACAGGUCUGGAUGCAAGAGCAGCUGCCAUUGUAAUUAGAGCAGUACAGAACGUUGUUGCUACUGGCAGAACUGUUGUUUGCACCAUCCAUCAACCAAGUAUUGACAUAUUUGAAGCAUUUGAUGAGUUGAUGCUUUUAAAAACCGGUGGGCGCAUAAUCUAUUCUGGACCCCUGGGUCAGCAAUCAAGGAAAGUUAUUGAAUAUUUUCAGACAAUACCUUCUAUGCCGAAGAUUAAAGAUAACUAUAAUCCUGCAACAUGGAUGUUAGAGGUCACUUCUGCAUCUUCUGAAGUUGAACUGGGAAUCAAUUUUGCCAAAGUUUACAAUAACUCUGUUCUAUGCAAGAACAAUGAAGAGAUUGUACAGAAGCUAAGCGUCCCUUCUGUGGACUCUAAGGAUCUCCAUUUCCAUAGCCGCUUUUCACUAUCUGGUUGGGAACAAUAUAAAUGUUGUCUUUGGAAACAACAACUAUCUUACUGGAGAAGCCCUUCAUACAAUUUGAUGCGCCUCUUGUUUUCCUUUGUGUCAUCCCUAAUAUUUGGAUUGUUGUUCUGGCAACAAGGGAGGAGCAUAAAAGAUGAACAAAGUAUGUUCACGAUAUUUGGUUCGAUGUUUGCCUCUGUAACAUUCUUGGGGAUAAACAACUGUUCAACUGUCCUUCCUUUCAUAUCAACAGAAAGAAGUGUUGUUUAUCGGGAAAGAUUUGCUGGGAUGUAUUCCUCGUGGGCUUAUUCUUUUGCACAGGUCACCGUCGAGCUUCCUUAUCUUCUUACAAUAGCUCUAAUAUUCACAGUUAUUUCAUAUCCAAUGAUUGGGUAUUACUUAACGGCCUACAAGUUGAUCUGGUACUUCUACGCCAUGUCCUGUACUUUGGUGUAUUUCAAUUACUUAGGCAUGAUGCUUGCAUCAUUGACACCAAACUACCAGGUGGCUUCAAUCAUAGCAUCUGCUAACUAUGCGCUGAUGAAUUUGUUUUCUGGAUUUCUGAUCCCUAAACCGCAAAUUCCCAAGUGGUGGCAGUGGUUAUUUUAUUUGUGUCCAACUUCUUGGACUCUACAUGGUCUUCUGUCUUCCCAGUACGGUGAUAUACAUGAAGAAAUCACAGUAUUUGGCAAAAGCACUACAGUCGCUUCGUUCAUAGAAGACUACUUUGGGUUAAAUCAUAAUCAUCUUGGCCUCGUUGCUGCUAUGUUACUUAUCUUCCCUCUGACUUUUGCCUCUCUAUUUGCAUUUUUUAUCGGGAAACUUAACUUUCAGAGGAGAUGAUUAGCUGUAAGGUGCGGAUUUGAUGGGCUCAUCAUUUUGUUAAGGUUGGAUAUCAUUAAUUUGGCUAAUUACUUGAUACUUGAUUGGUUAAUACUUGAGUUUUUCUAUUUUUCUCUAUUUACAGCAGAUGCUUAUAUAAUACAAGUCUACAAGUAGUUAUUGAACAUUUUCUUACACAGGAAGCAACCAAGUUAUCAAAAUACUGGAGCCAGUAGCUUUUGUUUGAUUGUAGCAGACUAUUGUGUACAAUGUGUCAACUAUUCAACCAGUUGCUGUCUAGACUGCGUAUAAUAAUUAAAGAAGCAGAUACAAAGUA